AUGGCCACUGUUGCCCCUCCUGUUACACAAGAUGAAGUGGGCAAGCGAGGCCCUACAGCCAUGGUUUUCAUGAAUAUGGGCGGUCCAUCGACAACGGACGAAGUUGGAGACUUUCUGAGCAGGUUGUUUGCGGACGGCGACCUGAUACCGCUCGGUCCCCUCCAGUCGUACCUGGGACCACUUAUAUCAAGACGGAGGACACCCAAGAUACAGAAACAAUAUGCUGCUAUCGGUGGAGGCUCUCCCAUCCGCAAAUGGUCGGAGCUUCAGUGCGAGGAGAUGUGCAAGCUGCUGGACAAGAUGUCUCCCCAGACCGCGCCUCAUAAGCCUUACGUCGCUUUCAGAUACGCGAACCCCUUGACCGAGCAUAUGUAUGAGCAGCUUUUCAAGGAUGGCUUCGGGAAGGGCAGAGGCGGGCGGGCAGUUGCAUUCACGCAAUACCCGCAAUACUCCUGUUCUACAACAGGAAGUUCUCUGAACGAGUUAUGGAAAUGGCGAAAUAGGCUGGAAGGGAAAAGAGCUACCGGCGAAGCGAAUCCGGAUGGGGCGAUCACCUGGAGUGUGAUAGAUCGCUGGCCGACGCAUUCCGGGUUAGUGGAAGCAUUCGCCCAAAACAUUGAAGCCAAAUUGGCUGAAUACCCUGAGGAGCGAAGAAAGGAUGUGGUUAUAUUGUUCUCAGCGCACAGCUUACCGAUGAGCGUGGUCAACAGAGGGGACCCUUACCCUGCUGAGGUGGCAGCUACCGUCCACGCCGUCAUGCACAGACUGGGUCAUUCUCAACCCUAUCGUUUGUGCUGGCAGUCUCAAGUUGGACCGUCUGCUUGGCUUGGUGCGCAAACGAGCGAUACCGUCAAGCAUUAUGUUGCUCGGGGCCAUACAGAUCUGAUCUUGGUUCCCAUUGCAUUCACAAGCGACCACAUUGAAACCUUGUACGAGCUGGACCUGGAAGUGAUAGAGGAGGACGCGAAGGGACAUCCAGGUGUGAAGCGAGCAGAAAGCCUGAAUGGAAGCCCGGUGUUCAUUAAAGCUUUGGCUGACAUUGCCCACGAACACUUGAAGAGCGGCGAAAGUUCUUCGCGACAAAUGCACUUGAGAUGUCAAGGUUGCAAUAGCGAAAGGUGCCUCGAGCAAAAGAAGUUCUUCGCAGGAGAGCAAGCAAAAAUACUUCCCACAGUGAGGUAG